ACAGUGGAAGCCUAUUUGUAAUCUCCGAGGCUUGGCCUAAUUGAAAAGGGUAUCGGCAAAGUUUUCAAUUCUCCUCAGAAUAGCAAAUGACAAACAGUAAGGAAAUACAUGACGAAAUGAUAAAAAUGAAAAUGAAAGUCCAUCGGUCAAGACGCUACGUAAGUCCCUUGCGUGCUGAUGUCACUCUUUAAUUACCUCAUUCAUUCGAGCGAAGUCCAGUACAUGAUUAAUACAGAUUCAUUUCGCUGGCGUUACUCUAGUUAUCCAGGCCGUUUUAAACCGACAGAAGUGGUCAAAAAACGAGAAUGGUAACUUUUUAAAUGGAUCUUGAAAAUCCCAAUCGUCCCCAGACCGCUCUGAAGCUAGAUGAAAAACAGAAGCAAACCGUACGAGCUCUCAGGCGACAAAUUUCUUCUCAUUCCACAAGAAGCACGGAAAUAGAUGGCGACCACUUCGCGAAGUUAAGCGAGGAGGAAAUUAUUCUCCUUCGCAAGAUUGUUGAAACAUUCACAAGUAAUCAAAGGGAUGCUGAACUUACCGGGGAUGAAGUCGACGGCAAAGGUAGAAAAGUAGAUAGAAACUGGUCGAUAGAAAGUUAUCUUUCUGGAUCUUCUAAUCGGGGAAGCGGAACUUUCGUGAAUCCUGGUCGCUUUUAUGUUCGAGUUACACAAGAAAAUGUCAAAGCUGUGGAGCAAGUAUGUAUCGAAAUAGACAACGAGGAAUCCAAAAAUAAGCCUACCACAAAUGGUUAUGGGAAUUUAAGCGGCAGACAUUCAUUUGACAACGAAAUCGAAAGUAAAUACAAAUGUUAUUAUGGAUACUCUGUCGCUGUGACGAAGCAAAGUCACGAGGCGAUUGUAGUCAGAAAUUCUUACGUGACAGGCGCGUUACCGGAAGGCGUCACGAAUGGAACGAAAUUUAGUUUCACCGAUAGACCCUCUUGGAAUAAAGCUAGCGGACUUAAACAUUUACCACCAAGAGAACGCUUUAAACGAGCGGUACAUUUAGUGAUGGAUAAUUUGAAGAUGCGGCCUCGAAAAAUGGACAAAGACUUCUCGGAGUUAUGGCGGAAGCGUGGUAACGCAACAUGGCUCGGCAUUUUCUUCACAGUGGUGGCGAUUGGCGCGUUCUUCGCUGAUAUUGCCACGGACCUGAAAGUUGCAGCAGACCAUUUCAGAGCUGGUAGCAACUGGUGGGGAAGUUUCACGGUUAUGUUCGUGCUGCUUCCAUCUAUUAUCAUAAACCUGGUAUCUUUCUUUUGGUACAAAGAAGAUGAAAAGAUUGGAAGACGACCAAAAAGUGGCUGGAAAGUGGUCAAAUUAACGCAUUUCUUUUUAGUAGGGCCCAUAGAGAGGUACUGGAGAAUUCUUGUUAAAUCGUAUCGAAUAAAACGGAAGAAAGAAGAACGAGUUGUUGAUCACAAGAUAUUGAUAGCAAUGAAUCUCGACAGUGGCAUGCUGCAAAUGAUUUUAGCCUUUACAGAAGAUGCACCUCAGCUUGUUUUACAACUGUAUGUCCUUGUCUCGCGUAAAAUCCUUAACGCUUUUGAGGCAACAAGUGUCCGAGACUUGUGGACCAUCCUAUCCAUUUGUUUUUCCUUCGUUUCCUACUCCAGAGCAGUUGUUAACUACAUCAGCUGCCUCCGUGACUCAAAACGCCAUAAAGGCCAGUUACGCUGGUACGGUUACCUAUCCAUGUGGUUAUGGAGAGCUUUCAUGAUUAUUUCUCGAAUACUUACGCUCGUUUUCUUCGCAACAGAGUUUAAGCAAUGGUUUUUCAUUGCUCUUUCUAUUCACUUCGUCAUUGUCCUGGUGUUUCUUAUUCGUCACGAGCUUUAUUUUUUUCCAGGGUCCAAAUGGAAGCAGCAUCUUUUCCGUGCACUCAUGUCUUACAUUCAUUUGUUUUGCUUCUUUUGCCUGGAAGGCGUGCGUACCAUACCUUGGGCAAAAAAGUACUACAUCUUGACUUUUGUCGAAAAUCUGAUCUUCUCAGUUCUCUGGUACACAAACGGAACCAGACAUUUACCACCUCAAGUAGAGUUGGCAGGGUUUAUUUGCAUUUACGUGUUUUUCUCUGCAGGACUUUUCAUGAUGACGGUUUACUAUAAGUUUUUGCAUCCUCGAUUCAAUCAGCCUCGAUUCUCCUUAGCUGCUCCUUUGGAGUCAGAGCUUGCAGAUAAAGAUCCCAAACAUGGGCCGAUCAAAAACCAAGAACAACGCUUUGAACUUUGGAUUUAAAUAACUAAACGAAGUUAAUAUUUAAAGAAAUUUUGAAGGUUAUUCCGCAAUCAGUGUAGAGUGGAGAGAAGUGGUGGCCGAACUGUUAGGGUAUGUGGCUCCUGCUAGGAAAAGUCAGACUUCGAACUCGGCUGGGGUAAUUAGUCCUGUGCUCCUGGGCAAAGCACCUAAAUCUCCCUCCACCCAAGAAGUGUACACGAAAACUGGUAGACAUUCGGCAAAAGCUCAUCGAAUUCUGAGGGGUAACCCUGCGAAGGAGUACCAUCUUAUUAGGGGGGAACUAGCGAAGGUACUUCAUGCUUUGAAGUCCGGAAGAAAAUUCGGCGUUGUAGACUGUUGGGCUUGUGUGAAACCAAGCAUAUAGGACACCACAUGUCCUCAACAUGUCUAAGAAUAAUCAGAGCAGUAAGCAUAACACGUCAAAACUUACUUUAUUUUGAAGAAAUUUCAUUUACUUACUUAUUUAUUUUCAAGUUCAUUUGCACUUGUUUCUGUCAUAAUUUUUAUACCCUUUAAUAGAGUCAACUUUAACC